UGUUUUGUUUACAUAUUACUAUAGUUUAGUUCCGUAACCCAUUGGCUGUGGGGUACAUCCGCACAAGUUUUUUGUUAAUUGCCCCAUUUUUCCUGCGUUCUAGUGUCUAUUUCGAACAUCCUGAGAGGUUUAUAUUUUGCCAAAAUGGUGUUUAUAAUAUAUCGAAGCACGAACUUAAUAAAAUAGAGCACAGACCACGGAUACGGACCCUGAAAACGAUACCAUUUCCAGCGAAGUUUGGCAAAAUCGACUGUCUGGUUUUACCUUCUGGGUUUAACCUUCGUUUGAGCAGAAUGACUGCUUAAGGGAUUUUGACGAAGGAAAAAUCUAUUUCUGGGGGAAGACCUGUGUCGCCCGGUGAAAAGUUCCUGUAGCUCACUUUUCUAAAUUAUACCAAGUAUUUAUUGAGUGGCUAUAAGAAAGUUCAUCAUGAAGGCUCCCGCUUCAGGCUGUGAAAUCACAAAGGGUUGGGUGGAAUUUAUGCUAUCUGAUUAUGAAAGCAGAAAGAAACCAUCAACAUCUGUAGUGGUGAAACAUCACAGCAUACGCAAUGCAACUAAACCCGGAGAAAGUUAUAAUGCUGAGCUGAUCCUCUUGGAUGUCGAAGCUGAGGUAAAGAGCAAAGAUACAGAAAAUGAAAGCACAGCACAAAAGGAAUACAAUCUGAUUGUGAAAUUUUUGGUAGGUGAUGCCCUUAUUUGUGAAAUUAUACAGCGUUGUGAGUAUCACAUCAAAGAGUUCAAGAUGUAUUCUGAAGUGGUGCCCGAGUUAAAUAAAUUUCAAGCAGAGCAUGCUAAUAAUGAAUAUAGGUUGAACCUGCCGAAUUUUAUUUAUGGAAAGUGUACAGAUAAGGAGUAUGUUCUUGUUAUGGAAAAUGUUAAGGUUCUUGGAUAUGAAACCCAUCCCAAAAGGCAGGGGCUAGAUUUCCAUCAUGCAAAGUUAGCAAUUAAUCAUGUGGCAAGAUUACAUGCUGUUUCAUAUGCUUAUGAUAAAUCGCACAACCUGCUAGAAAAGUACCCUUGCUUUAAGUUUAGUCCUGUCAUCAGUGCAUUCUUCAAACCUGUCGUAUGGGCUUCUUUAUCUAAUUCCAUUACUUUCUUAAAAAGUAAAAAAGGCUUUGAAGACAUGGUUCGGAAAUUAGAGACCGGCAAAACAACUCUUCCAGUAAAGUUUGCUGCACUAUGGGAUGAUCAAACUAGACAUAAAUUUCUAUGUCUUACACAUGGAGAUUUUUGGAUUAGCAAUCUUAUGUUCAAGCACAAAGAAGCUGAAGUUGAUGGGGAGAAAACAAUUGAAUCAUUAAAGCUAAUUGACUGGCAGAUAUCUCAGUGGAAUAACCCAGUCUUUGAUCUUCACUAUCUUUUGAACACUUCAACAUCAUUUGAGAUGAGAAGAGACCAUAUUGAGGAGAUUUUGAGGCAUUAUCACUCCACUUUUACUGAAAUCACCACAAAAUUGGGAACACCUGUUCCCAACUGGAAUUAUGAACAAUUUAAGGCAGAGUAUGAGAGGACUGCUCUUGUUGGGUUUCUCAUGGGAAUGUGCCUUAUUCAAGGAACACUGAGUAAAGCUGGAGAGGCAAUUAACACUUCUUCUAGCUCAACCUGUCAGAAUUGUCGUUGUUGUCGUCCAUGCAAGGUAGUCAUUGACAAAGUGAAAGCUGGUAUGGCAAAAGUGGCUGUAUCAAUUGCUUUUAAGCACUCAUCUGUUGUUUUCAUACGUGCUGCUAUGAAAAGGGUGCUGAGACCUAUUGCACAGGAACUUGUGGAAGGUAACAAUGAAGUUUUAAAUGGAAGACUUUUAGAUCUCCUCAUGGAAGCAGAUGAAAAAGGGAUUUUGGAUGUGCUUACACUUUAAGUAGCUAGAAAACAAGUCCUAUUUUAUUGGUUAAAGUCUUAAACAAAGGUUGGUCAAAAGAUGCCUCUAUCUUUCCUUUCAUUCAGGUUCCAUAUUCUUGAGGAUUGUAAAAAUACAUGAAAGGAUCAUGUAAAAAGGAAAUAUUUUUAUAUUUGAGUAGUGAUAUAAUAUUGUUAAUCUUUGACUUCAGAAAAGAUCCACUCUUCAUCAGGGAACUUUAGCUUCCACAUCAGUAAGGCUUUUUCUGCAGUCAGAUAUUGUACAUUAGGUAGAUUUUCAAUCCAUGACAAAAGAGAGAGAGAGAGAGUGUUAUCUUGAUACAGAAAUCUGUCAUUUUCACUACAAAUGAAGCCUUUGUUCUACAAAUUAUGGGAAACUACUACUACAGUAUAGAUGUUGAAAGACAGGGUCAUUACACAUGUAGGAAUUAAAUAAAAUACAGAUGCUGAUUGAGCAGUCAGCAUGACUGGAUCAUAUAUACGUACUGUACAUAUACCCAUAAAAACGAAUAAACCAAUUGCAGGAUUGCGGUGUUCUUCGUUUCAUAAAAAAUGCAACAUUGGUCACACUUGUCUGACUCAUUGAUAUUUGAUAAAUAAACUAAAUUAAGAGUGCAGAUCAACAUUUGCAAUUAAACUUAUCUUGUUUGACUGUCCAACUUCUUUCAACAACAUGCAUCGAGUAUCAGAAACAAAUGUUUUAAAGAAAUUGUGUCAAGAGUUCUUAAAAUUUUCAUUUUAUCCAAUUUCAGUAAUAGAUUGUGAAAAAUGUUCUUUAUUUAAAUAGAUUUAAAUAAUUUAUAAUAUACAUAAUGGUAUAAAUAUUUUAAAUUUUCCCAUUUUACUCUGUUUUUAGACAAAGCUCUACAAAAUUCUAGAAUAUUGUUUCAGGAUUUGCCUUACAUAGGGCAUAAAAACAUUUUUUCAAAAUUUAUAAUGGAAUUUAUUAUCUAAAAUGAAAUGUACAGAAUUUGUUCUUUGUUAUCUUAAAAAGGGUUUGAGUGGGGUUUCUUUCAUUGUCAGUGCUUGAACAUAUGUUUCUGAUAGUUUUUGACAAGCAGUACUGUAGUAGUACAAGUGGUAGGUGAAGUAAAAUUAUCUUUGCUUGAUUUGUGUUGUGAAAGAAGGGCACUGAGUCAUCUUGCUAUGGAAGCAUUUAGAGAGAAACUGAUCUGAUGAUGUGUAGCAGGGAUAAUAAAGGUUGUGUAGAUUCCUCCUUCUCCCUUAUUGGCUGACGCCUUUUGCCACCAAUUCCUUGUGUUAUUUUUAACCGGACUCCAGCUACCGCCAGAGAAUUUAUCCUUACAUUAAGACCAAAGAUUUGUUAGUUAUGAAAAAUGCAAAUUGAUUUUAAAAAUUUUAUUUUACUGCUAAAUUAUUGCUAUACAGUAUGUCCUUACAGUGUACAGCCUCUUAUUUUAUUUAUGCUGUACUUCCUGGAACACUUUAUUAUUAAUCAAGAAUAAAGUCAUCAUUCGAAA